AUGUUUUUUUGUUUGGUAUCUUUCAUAGGUAUUCCUGGUUAUCCUAGUCGUUCAUUUGCAAAACGCAGUGAUUUCCCACCUAGUCAUAAUUGGUAUUUAUCUCCUACUAAUUCAACACUUCAGUUUAAAGGUGAUACCUCAUCCGACGAGAUUGUUGGACAUGAAUUUGUCUAUCCAUUAGUGCAUGAUUUGCUGGCUGGUAAUGAUGAUGAACGUCAAAGAGCUUACAUACUGGUCCUGAAUAUUACCACAAAUAUUCUCACGCAUGAUUGGUAUUUAGUAGGAGAAAAGCAUACUCCUACUACAUGGGGUUUCUGGAAUCCAAUACGUAUAAACAAUGAUAGUAAUGUUCAAGAUGAUCGAGGCAUCAAUAGUUUAGAAAUAUUGGCAUACUUACUUCAAACGUAUGCAUACAGUGGUGAUGAACGUUUUCUCGAUGGUGCAAAACUCCUUAUUGAUACUUAUCAAUACGAUAUCAAUCUUAUUAAUGCGAAAAUGAUUGCUGUUUGCGAAAAUAAUUUCUCGGAUGAUCAACUCGCUUAUUUAUCUUACUUCAAUCUAGUAUAUGCUAUUAAUUCAAUUACUUUGACAGAUCACUUAUCUCCAGCUCAAAAGGCACGCGCAAAAUUAAUUACCGAUAAGUUAUUAGAAUAUAUGAAAAUUGGAUUGGAUCUAUUCCAUAGAUAUACGCAAACAGAGAAAUCUCCGUUCUAUAAUUUUAUCUAUUGUUAUGCCAGUGGCCAGGUUAAUCAAACUCAACAUCUAUUCAAUAAAAAUUAUCCAUCUUCUGUUAGUUUCAAUUGUAGUUCUUUAUCAACAGAUGGUAUAUGGCAUAUGCAACGUUGGCCACUAGAACUGAUUAAUUGGCCACAGUUUAAUACUGUUCGGUUGGAUGUUCAACGAAACAAACCAGCCGAAUGUAAUGGAAAACCUUAUGCAUUGCAUUUGUUACCUCCUGACGAACGAAACGUAGGCAAAUGGAAUAGUAAUGCCUAUUCUUUAGAUUAUGGCACUGGAUUUAAAGAAGAAGAUCCAACACCCUUUUUAAUAAGUUAUUGGGGAAUGCGUUAUUUUAAUUUAUUAGGAGAAUGA